UAUGAGCUUGUUGCUGUAAGAUUACAAUGACAACAGACAUAACAAAGUUGGCAUCGCCCCUGUAAUGUCUGAUGCCCGAUAUAAAAUUGGUGCCUUUGUUGUUUGCCUUGAAUUGUUUCCUGUCAACUAGCGCUAUUAGGAGUGAAUAGGUGUGCCGAUGAUGGCUCUGUGGCUAGUUGGUCGCCUGGUCUCGGGGCUCGGCGUCUCAUCAAAGACAGCGGUGUUCUCUCUUACGCGUCAAGCCACCUGUGACGGGGCGACACCCAUACCUCUGUUAUGCCUAGCAGGGAGCACGUUGCAGCGCUGGCCAGAUGGUCAUGAUGGCCUCAGAUGGACCCUCACACUCGCUCCCACAAAUCCGUCGUCCUACACCAACACGGCCGCAGCUGCCCUUCCGGCUUUCGAUCGAGCACCUGUCACCGCGCAGCCACACCUCAAGCUACCUGUAUCUCUUGACGGGCGCUGCGGGCCGUGCAGCGGCCUCCAUUCAGUCGCAUGGAACGCAGCCUUCAGCACCAGCAAUGGCAGUAUGCCUGCAGCAGCAGCAGCAGUAGCAGCGCGAACACCAACAGCGGCAGCGGCGACCGAUUCGUCGGCUUCAGCGUCGAGUGAUGACUCGGGGGUGGCAGCAGGCGCCGGCAGCGGGCAGGACGUGGCAGCGCACAGGGAAGCGAAGCCGGAUCUUGUAGAAAAGUUCCUGUCUCUGGACGUGUGUAGCUCCGGGGUGCGGCGGCAAGCUGAACGACAGGAGGUGCUUCGGGAGUUUCAGCGGCACCCUGCAGACACGGGUUCGCCGUCGGUCAUGGUGGCGCUGUGGACUCAUCGGGUGAGAUCGUUGGUGCGCGUGUUCGAUUCCGGCCGCAAGCAGUUGCCAUCCAUAAGGCAGCUGGAGAUGCUCGUCAACAGGCGCCGGCGCAUGCUGACGUGGCUGCGCCGCACUGACUUCGAGUCGUAUUCGUACACCAUCUCCAAGCUUGGGCUACGGGACAUCUACGUACCUGCGGGCGGUGAGCAUCGCUACCGGGAGGGCUUAACCGUCAACGACCCCGUGGACGACCAGAUCAACCGCCUGCGCUUCAACUUCCACACCAAGUAUCGUCAGGGAAAGACCAGUAUGUGGUACAGGCUGAGGCCGAAGCUGAUCGCGGAGGACCCCGUGCUUCAGGCUGCGGACGCCGCUGCGGCGGUAGAGGAUCGGCAGCAGCGGCAGCAGCGACGGGAGGUGGCGGCGCAGCAACGCAUAGCGGCGGAGCGGGAACAGCAGCAGCAACAGCAGCAGCGAAAGUGAUUUGGAAGUGUAGCAUAUGACGUGGCGUGGCGCGAUGUGAUGGGGCCGUGGGACCAGGGGAGACACUUGGUGGUGGAGGCUGCGGGGCGGUGUCAGGAUGCAGGGCCUACUGAGCCCUUUUGCGCGUGCACAGGAUCUAUUGAUUGGAUGUUGGGAGAAAAUAGAUAUGCGCGAAUGUGUACACGGUAAUGGUAGGUGAGGAGACCAGCUUGGAAAGUGGAGAGGGGGGAGGGGUGCUGGGAAGAAAAUAUGUUUUAAUUGGUAGUAAUUACGAACGUAGCGGCACGAGGAAUCUUGUUAUGU